CUUCUCGACUACGAAACAACAAUGGCGAACCCAGACUCGCGGGCGCCAGCGCCUGCGCUCACCAUCUGUCCGACCUCCAAGGACAACGUGCUGGCUCCACUUGGCCUAAUCUCCUUCCUGACCGCUCUCCCUUCGUCGUCUUCCUCUGGCGUCUCGCUCCCCGUCGCGCUCGACUGGACCCACGAUGCGCUCGACGAAACGACGCUGACGGUGAACCCAGGCGGAGAAAAGAUCAAAGGCGUUGGGAAUGUCUUUAGGCAGCUGACUACUAUGUACGCUGAUACGGGUAUUGCUGGAAAGGACAGCGCGGACUCAGAUCAGAUUCAAAAGUACUUGACGCUGGCCGAGACAUUCCCGAACAUCUCCUUUGCCGAUGGCACCAAGAAUGCCGACGAGCUGGAUCAGACCCUGUCUCUGCGCACGUACCUCGUCUCCACGGGCCACACGAUGACGGCUGCCGACGUGGCAAUCUGGGCUGGCAUUCGCGCUUCGACGACGCUCCUUGGCAUCAACAAGAAGGGCACCCACGUCCAUCUUUCGCGGUGGUUCGACCAUGUUGACAACCUUCCUAGCCUCAAGCAAGCAGUCGAGACGCUCAACAACGAGAAGAGCAACAAAGCCCGUGCUUCGAAGCAGGCUGCCUCCUUUGAUCUCUUCCUAGGCGAUGAAGCCAAGAAGGGCGAAGUCGUCACUCGAUUCCCACCCGAGCCUUCUGGGUACCUCCACGUCGGGCAUGCCAAGGCGGCCAUCCUGAAUCAAUACUUUGCUCGGCGCUACGAGGGCAAGCUCAUCAUUCGCUUCGAUGACACAAAUCCCAACAAGGAGAAGGAAGAGUUUGAGGAUUCGAUCAUUGAAGAUCUCGAGCUGAUGGGCAUCAAGGGCGACUCGACUAGUCACACGUCUGACUACUUCGACGAGCUGUACAAGCUCGCUAUCCAGCUCAUCAAGCAGGGCGAUGCCUAUGCCGACGACACGAUCCAGGAGGAGAUGCGAGCCCAGCGAAUGGAUGGCAUUGCGUCGAAACGUCGCGAUUCCACCGUCGAGGAGAACAUGACCAGAUUCGCCGAGAUGUCUACGGGAUCCGAUGAAGGUCGCAAGUGGUGCUUGCGUGCCAAGAUGUCCGUUGACAACCCAAACAAAGCGAUGCGGGACCCCGUCAUCUACCGAGUCAAUGCAGACACGCCCCACCACCGGGCCGGAACAACAUGGAAAGUGUAUCCAACGUACGACUUCGCUUGUCCUGUUGUCGACUCCCUCGAGGGUGUGACACACGCGUUGAGAACGAACGAAUACAGGGACAGGAAUCCGCAGUACGCAUGGAUGCUGGAGAAGCUCGGACUGCGAAACGUCAACAUCUGGGACUUUGGCAGGCUCAAUUUUGUCUACACCCUGCUGUCCAAGCGUAAGCUUCAGUGGUUCGUCGAUCGUGGAUUCGUUUCGGGCUGGGACGAUCCGCGAUUCCCGACGAUCCGAGGAAUUCGAAGGCGAGGCAUGACAAUCGACUGCAUUCAGCAGUUUAUCCUCGCGACGGGUCCUUCGCAGCAGGUCAUCAACAUGGAAUGGGACUCGAUCUGGACUCUCAACAAGAAGCUCCUCGAUCCCGUGGUGCCACGCUACACGGCCCUGGACGAGAAGGACCUGGUCAAGUGCACCCUGUCUGGUGCAGGCGUUCCCUCGCAGCCCGAAGACCGACCAGUGCCGAAGCACAAGAAGAACCCGGAGCUUGGCGACAAAGUCACGGUCUUUGGCAAAGACGUUCUCUUGGAGCAGGCCGACGCAAAGACGUUUGAGGAAGGCGAGGUCAUCACCCUCAUGGACUGGGGCAAUGUCAAGGUCAAGACGAUUUCCAAGAACGGAGACAAGGUCGAGUCGAUUGCGUUGGAAGCGGACUUUGACAACAAGGACUUCAAGAAGACUAAGAAGACGACGUGGCUUUCUUCUUCCGAGGCCCGACCGUCCGUCAAGGUGCACCUUGUCGACUAUGACUACCUCAUCACGAAGGCCAAGCUCGAGGAAGAAGACAAGGUCGACGACUUCUUGACGCCGCAGACGGAGUUCAAGACGGAAGCCAUUGCGGACGGCAACGUCUCUCAGCUCGAGCGCGGCCAGGCAAUUCAGUUUGAGCGCAAAGGAUACUUUAUUGUGGACCAGGUUGCCAAGGACUCAGGCGAAAAGAUGAUCCUGGUGAGGAUCCCCGAUGGAAAAGUCGAGACGACCAAGAGCAAGGGCGCCGGAGCCGAGGGAUCUGCAACCGUUGCGGACGACUCCAACGCGAGGAAAGCGGCGGCCGCAGAGGAAAGGGCAAAGAAGAAGAAAGCAAAGGAGGAAAAGGAGGCCGAGAAAUUGAAGAAGAAGGCGGAAAAGAAUGAGAAGAAGGCUGCUGGUGCUGCUGCUGUGGGAGCGGCAGCGGCGGCAGGAGGUGCGACUGUAGCACAAGGAGCCAACGCCGCAUUCAAGGAAGCGGCAGAGGCCUCAAGCACAGUGAAGAGCAUGUACAAAAUGAGACCGCUGACAAGUGAGGUCGACACAAGCCAGACAUCGUCGAAGAUGUACUCGAUGAAAAAGUUCAACGACCACUGAGCUGGGCCAUGUGCCUCGCCUUCGAAAUCUAUCAAUUCAGAUAUUUGUCGUCUUCCCUCUUCGCGGUCCAUCGUGG